AUGGAUCCAGCAGACCUGCCCCAAAUUGUCUACAACCUAUCACAACGAGUAGAUCAACUCAGUCAAAGUUUAAGGGAUUUUCCAGUGGAGAAUGAGACCCUUAGGAAGGUCAUUAGAGACACUGUUUCAGGGAAAAUACUCUCUACUGAUAACACUCCAGAACCACACAUAGCACCACCAGAACCGUUCCAAGGAGACAGGAGCCUAUAUCGGCAAUUCAAAAAUGCCUGUCUACUGACCUUCAAUCUAAAACCUAAGACUUACUCUAACGAUAGAAUGAAGGUUUUAACUCUGAUAACCUAUCUCAGAGGAGAACCCCACAUAUGGGCGGACACCCUCUAUGAAACAGAUAACCCGGUGCUAUCCUCCUUAAAUUCAUUCCUUGCAGUAAUGGAUGAACUUUACAACUUACUGCUGAAGGAAAGAUGA